AUGGCUAUUGCCCGCAUCCGGACAGCUGAUGAGCCACAAGAUGCAGCGUGGAAUAUAGAUGGGGCUAACUACAUAGGAUGGAGUAACAGGUUUUGGGAGGGUGAGGCCAAGGACGAAGAAUGCAGAGACUGUACCACGAUAGAUCGUACACCAGCUGAUCCCCAGAUUUUACUGUGGGAGUCACUGCCCUGCUGGCCAGAAGAUGAUGACCCGAACGACCCAGACUGGCUCCCUGGCGAAGAUUCGCAAACUGACAGUGAUCCUCUCGAAUAUGACUCAGGAUACGAGCAGUCAGAUGAUAAUGAGAGCGACUGCGAUAGAGUUGACCGCGACUCAGUCAAUGAGGAUCAUGAUGGUGUUAACGAGUUGUGUCCCAUGUCGCAACUUUGCGAUCAACCACGACCCGAACGUCUCCCGAACGGGACCUGGUACAACAACAAGAUAUUUUACACGGGAAAUCGUCAAGCUCCGAUCUUCGGAGACUUCCCUGGCGAAAACGCGCACAAGGUUCCGUCCGAGCACAUCGCCUCCCCUUCGUGCCAGAGCCUUCAGGGCAUUAACGGACACAGACUGAGCGUGGCGGAAAUGAAGAACUGUCGCAAUGUGCGUUUCUUGAUACCGAAACUUCAUAACUGGAAGCUUGGAGAUGACGAAAGACUCAUGGAAGAAGACAGUCUUUUCUGUCUUUCGGGCGAGUCGAAUGGUUCCAAUGUCAUAGAGGACAGAUAUUUCGUUCCUUGGAAAUCAUUUUAUCCGCCACGAAACGGAUUGCGAGAAUUGAGUUGCAGCUGGCAAAUGAUAAAUGAAGGCGCUGAUGGAUCAGAUGCUUUAUAUCCGCUCCCGGUCCAUUCUUACUGUCUCGAUAUAUACGCAAAGGCAUCAUACCAGAGAAUGGGCAAGGUUGAUCUGGAUGGACUCUGGCAUUGGCGAGAGAUAGAAACCCAACUUCACUCGGACCAGAAGUCUUUUCCAAACCGUGCAGAGAUAUCAAAGGCCCGCGAGCAUUGGGAUUUUCCAUGGCGUCAUUAUACCGGAGACGAAUGGCUUGCGGCGAAUCCGGUCGAGGUUCCAGGCAUGAACAAGAUUCUGAAGUCUUGCCUAGACGUGACAAUAUGUCAGAGAUCCACCCAACGCGAGGCAUCAAUUAUCCACCUCCUCCCAAAGGAAUUGUUAGAUCAGAUAUUCGACCUUCUCAGCCCUACAGACAUCAACUCGGUAGCAAAUACCUGCCACAAGAUGUAUCAACUCGCUCAGUCAAGAUUUAGAGAGAUCGUGCGCAAGGACAUGACCUGGCUAUGGGAGAUACUAGAGGGUAGCCAGUAUCCGGACUCGCCAGAUCGACCCGUAGCCUGGGAUCCUCUGUGUCCAUUGGGCAUCCCGCCGCCUAAUUUACCUGUUGGCCUUGAGAAGGAAGAAGCGGAGGAUGAGUUAUGGGCAGAAAUCAUUGCUGAAUAUCCAGAGAUGGAAGAAGUUGCCAAUGCAGUGAAGGUGACCAGUACAAAGCGCCGAGAUGAGAUAUUGGCGCCCUACGAGGAAAAGCUAGAGUCCCUGUCGCAAAUGUGGCAGGACUUCCGUGCGGGUGUGGAAACGUGGAUCCGUAGUUCACGGAACCAUACUGAUGAGGUUGAUUGGGGACGCACGUGGAGGAUCUUUAACCCCAAAACAACCUUGCUACCAGGUGUGCGGAACCGAGCAAGAAUUUGGGAAGACUGUCAACAGAUUAUGUGCCAUGUGGCAUCAGCACGCGAGAGUGGCCAAAUUGACAAGAUGUAUCCAGACCUGUUGGCCAAGUUGGCAGAUCCGUCUCACCCGGGUUGGAGCAUGGAUCCAGACGUCAAUGGAUGGUAG